UCUUUUUCUCCUUUUUUUCCCCUCUCUAUUUCCUCUUAGUGGGACUCGACCUUUAUUUGUUUCGCUCUAUCCUCUCUCUUUAGAACAAAAUACAGUCAAAUAUGCCUGCAACCGCUGCUCAAAGCAACUCUAAGAGCGAUAUUCAAUCCAAGAAGAUGACUGCUGUUGUCUCUGGCUCUAGCGAAGUUGAGACCAAGAAAGCUAAGGAAAUCAUCACCAAGCUCUCAGCUGCUUCCGAUGCUGAUCGCGAGUCUGUCGCCGAAGAACUCGCUGCUUUUGUUAAAGCAAACGGCGUCCUUUCCCUUACUCAAUACAACAUUGUUGCCACUCUUGCCAAAGAGCUUGGUAACAAGAAGAAUGCAGGUGCUCGUCAAGGUGCUAUUGCCGCUCUUGUUGCUCUUUCCAACAACUCUCUUGAAGGUCAAGUUGAACCCUAUAUCUUGCCUCUCUUAACUACUUUGUUGGAAUUGCAAGCCGAUAAGCAAGCUGUUGUCAAGAAUGCUGCUCUUGCUGCAGCUCAGAACAUGCUUGUCAAGAUUAACCCCAAUGCUGUUCCUCUUACUGUUCCUUACAUUUUGGAAGGUCUCGGUAACUCCUGCAAGUGGCAGACUAAAAUGCUUGCUCUUGAGCUCUUGACUAGCUUAACCAAGUUGCAUCCCAAGCAAUUCUUUGUUGCUAUUCCUGAUGUUGUUCCUGUCGUCUCUGACUGUAUGUGGGACACUAAGGCCGAUGUCAAGAAGCAAGCUACUGAAACUAUGGGUGAUAUUUGUAAGCUCGUUGAAAACAAAGAUAUUGAACGUUUCAUUCCCGCCGUUAUUGGUUGUAUCAACCAUCCCGAAAAUGUUCCUGAAACCAUUCACUUGCUUGGUGCUACUACUUUUGUUCAAGAAGUUGACUCUUCCACCCUCUCUAUCAUGGUUCCUCUUUUGGGCCGUGGUUUGAAUGAACGUGCUACUCCUAUCAAGCGUAAGUCUGCCUUGAUCAUUGACAACAUGUCUAAGCUUGUCGAUGAUCCCGACGUUGCUGCUCCUUUCUUGCCUGUUCUUUUGCCUGCUCUUGAGCAUGUUCAAGAUAUUGUUGCUGAUCCUGAAUGUCGUGGUGUUGUUCAAAAGGCUCUUGCCACUCUUCAACGUCUCAAGAACCCUGGUACUGAAGUGUUCACAAAGGUUCAAAAGCAAGCCAAGGUUGAAUCUUCUAUCAAAGAACUUUUGCCUUCUGACAUUGAUUCUGGUUUUGAACCUAUCACCAAGUACAUGAACGACAUUGCUCUAAGUCUUUGUGUUGGCAAGAACUUCUUUAAAGAUGUCUGGAUUGCCGCUCUUUCUCCUUAUGCUAAGGCUUUCUAUGUCGAUGCUGAUGCUCAAAGUUUGGCCUUUUCUGCUUUGAACAAGUGUGAAGAAGCUGUGACUCCCAAGGAUCUUGAAGAAGAAGAAGACGAAGGCGAAGACCUUUGUAAUUGUGAGUUCUCUCUUGCUUAUGGUGCAAAGAUCUUGUUGAACAGAACUGCUCUCCGUCUUAAGCGUGGUCGUCGUUACGGUCUCUGUGGUGCCAACGGCUGUGGUAAAUCUACUCUCAUGCGUGCUAUUGCCAAUGAGCAAGUCGAAGGCUUCCCUCCUCGUUCUGAACUCAAGACUGUUUACGUCGAACACGAUAUUGAUGGCUCUGAAGCCGAUACUCCUCUCGUUGACUUCAUCCUUGCUUCCGAAGGUGUUGAGACUAAGGACCCUGAACAAGUCCGCAAGAUCCUUUUGGAAUACGGUUUCUCUGAAGCCAUGGUUACCAAGAUGGCUAUUGGUGAACUUUCUGGUGGUUGGAAGAUGAAGCUUGCUCUUGCUCGUGCCAUGUUGAUGAACGCCGAUAUCCUCUUGCUUGACGAACCUACCAACCACUUGGAUGUCGUUAACGUUGCCUGGUUGGAAAACUACCUCUUGGGUCUCAAGACUGUUACCUCCAUCAUUGUCUCUCACGAUUCUGGUUUCUUGGAUCAUGUCUGUUCCGAUAUCAUUCACUACGAACCCAACUAUAAGCUCAAGCGUUACAAGGGUAACUUGUCUGAAUUUGUCAAGAAGGUUCCUCGUGCUGCUUCUUACUACUCUCUCGAAGCCUCUCAAAUCUCUUUCAAGUUCCCUGAACCUGGUUUCCUCGAAGGUAUCAAGACCAAGGAACGCGCUAUCCUCAAAAUGAAGAAUGUUGACUUCCAAUACCCUGGAUCAGACCGUAAGCAACUCAUUGAUAUCUCCAUGCAAUGUUCUCUUGCUUCUCGUGUCGCUGUCAUUGGUCCUAACGGUGCUGGUAAGUCUACCUUGAUCAAGUUGUUGACUGGUGAAAUUGAAUCCGAAGUCGGUACCGUCUGGAAGCACCCUAACUUGCGUAUUGCCUACGUAGCUCAACACGCUUUCCAUCACAUCGAAAAGCAUUUGGAUUCUACCCCCAACGAAUACAUUCAAUGGCGUUACGCUACUGGUGAAGAUCGUGAAGAGCUUGAUAAGAACGACCGUAUGAAUGCUGAGUCUAACAAGAAGGUCAUGGAGCAAGUCUUUAUCAUCGAUGGUGAAAAGCGCGUUGUUGAAGAACUUGUGGGUCGUCGUAAGCUCAAGCAAUCUUACGAGUACGAGGUCUCUUGGGUUGGCCGUUCCUCUGUUGACAACACUUGGAUCUCUCGUCAAAAGCUUGAAGACAUGGGUUUCGGUAAGAAGAUUGCUGAAGUCGACUCUGCUGAAGCUGCCAAGAUGGGUCUCAACCGUCCUUUAACUGCCAAGGAGAUUGAGAAGCACUUGGCUGAAGUUGGUCUUGAACCCGAAUUUGCCACUCACUCUCGUAUCCGUGGUCUUUCCGGUGGUCAAAAGGUCAAGCUUGUUAUUGGUGCUGCCAUGUGGAACAAGCCUCACAUGUUGGUUCUUGACGAACCUACUAACUACUUGGAUCGAGAGUCUCUUGGUGCUUUGGCCAUGGCUAUCAAGGAAUUUGGUGGUGGUGUUGUCAUUGUUACUCACAACCGUGAAUUCACUGAAGCUCUCUGUAAUGAAGUCUGGAUGGUCGAUGCUGGUCGCUUAACUCCUUCCGGCCACAACUGGGUUUCUGGUAACGGUUCUACUGCUAUCAAGGAACAAGAACAAGAAGACAUGGUUGAUGCUCAAGGUAACACCAUCAAGGCUGUUGAAAAGAAAAAGAAGUUGACUUCUAAGGAACUUCGUAAGAAGAAGAAGGAGCGUAUGGAACGUCGUAAGCGUGGUGAAGAAGUCUACACUACUGACGAAGAAUUGUAAAC